GUUUCGGCAAAACACGAUCAAAGCAGCUUUACAUCUAAACACAAUUUUGUGUAAUGUCAAACGAUGGACUGUAGGAAUUCACACGAGCUGGAAGAAAACGUAGCCGUUGAAAAUGGAUCCUUACACACAUCAGAAACCGACACCGAGAAGUACCUAAAAGGCGAUAACGUGCCGAACGAUGCGCCUGAAAAGCAAGCAUCGAGAGAAACGGAGAUACUAAAAAGUAUAAACACGAUCACCAACGGUAUCGAGAACCUACGCGAACGCAUUGAACAUUUUUCCGGAUGUUCGACCGACGAUCGAGAUUACAAGUACUUGGAGGAGAUGCUUUUGACAGGUUUGGUCGAGUUAGACCAAUUGGACACGAACGACAACAUUAUGUUGCGGCAGGAGAGAAAAAGAGCCGUACAGUUCAUCCAGAAGUUCAUGAAGAUGUUGGACGCUAGACUUACAGAGAAUAAAAGUUUCUUAAACGUUAAUGUGGAAAGCGAUGAUGAAAUUUGAAAUGAAUUAGAUCUAAUAUAAUUGUUCUUUUG